UUUACCUCAGUUUGUGAAUUAAUCUCAGAAAGCGUCUAAAAGCCUUUACUCGGAGACAGUUUGUGCCUCUCUCCUAGUAUUCUUUCAGUGUAUCAUUGAACGACCAGAACUGACCUAACAAAAAUGGGUGCCGACAAGUUCUUUUAUGCCAAACCUCUCGUCCCUUACACUCCACCAAUUACGCAAGAAUCAUACGGAUUGCUGUCGCUUACUCUAACGCCGAUGGGGUUGUUUUUUGUUUUGUGGUUUUUCGCGGUACAGGCAGGAUCCACAAAAACAGGGCUGCGACAGUUCGUGAAGGAGAUCCUGAUGUCGAUAUCAGCUUCACUGUUUCUCGGUGCCGGAAGCAUCUUUGGUCUUCUCGCACUUGGCAUCUAUGUUUAGUAAACGACGGGUCACCAUCUGGGUAGUCGCGUUGAAUCCACGUAAAAUAAAUAUAUUUUAAAUUUGCAAUAGCCCUAUACCUGUGACUUGUUAGCGUCUUCCUUGAGAGUCGCUUGUGUUUUUCACUGUAUAGCGUGCUUAUAACAACUCAUACGUUGCG